AGGGAGGGCUGGCACAGGGAGAAAAAGAGUGAAGCUGAAGUCUAUAGCGCACGGACACAAUCAGACAAGUGUUGUUUAACGUAGGCUAUGCGCGCGUCGAGGGGGGAGCGCUGUGCGUAAAGGCUUCAUACAAACUCGCUGCUUUAGGAGUCACUGUUAGUGACAGGAAAGUCGUAGAAACAGGGCAACUGUGAGGGAAGUGCACAACAAGACAGGGUCAGACGACAAGAGGAGCGCACUUUUCUACAGAAAGAUGAAUGUCAAUGAGGAGAACCUACUGAAGUCCAUUAGCAACGACGCACUGCUGGACCUGACGCAGCGCUAUGGCCAGUCCGCUUUCGGCUUUGGUCCUAGCCACGGAACUGGAACUCCUGCCCGCUUUCCGCUGACACCCGCUACAGACUUCAUCUCGGGACAGACCACCAAGUCCAACGAGAGCGGCGGGGAACACACGAGUGAUGAUGACGAUGCGUUUGACUCUCUGGAGUCCAGGAAGAGGGGUCCGUCGUUUGGGGACGACAAGCCCGGAGGCCCACUGGCCAAAAAGUCUAAAGAGCAGAGGUCCUUGCGACUCAGCAUCAACGCCAGAGAGAGGAGAAGAAUGCACGACCUGAAUGACGCACUGGACGGCCUGCGCGCGGUUAUCCCUUACGCACACAGCCCGUCUGUGAGAAAACUCUCCAAAAUAGCCACUCUUCUUUUGGCUAAGAACUAUAUUCUCAUGCAGGCGCAGGCUCUGGAGGAAAUGAGACGGCUUGUGGCGUACCUGAACCAGGGCCAGACCAUCACAUCCCCAAUCCCUACCGCUCUGGCCCCCUUUGGACAAGCAGCCGUCUAUCCGUUCUCCAGCUCUGCGCUCGCCACCUGCGCCGAAAAGUGCUCGACUUAUUCCGGGACACCUUCAAGUCUCUUCAAACACUGUAACGACAAGCCUUGAUUUAUUUCCUUUAAAUUUAUGAACUUUGACCUCUGACACCCAUUCAGUCUCUCUCCCACUCUCGUUAUUUAAAUAGUAAAAAGUUAAGUUUAACAAAAUGUAUAACUUAUACUUCUAUAACUGUUUAUAGACCGCAGUUAAGUUGCUCUGUCACUUUCAAGAAUUUGCAGGUCAUGUUUUGAGAAGUUUGUCAUUUUAGUAAACUUGAACAGGUUUUGUCAUGUUUUGUUGUAACUAUGCAACAUUCAUCCAAUCUGAGUCACCCAAAUGAAUUAGCCUAUGGAUUCCCCGAAAUGGCAAUGUACUGAAAUUUUAGUAUUUUUAUUUGUAAUUCAUCACUGCACAGUUCUCACAUGAUUGUAUUGUACAACUGUGAAAAAGUCCGACUAUAAUUUCAAAUGCAGCCUACUGGUUGUGUCGCA